AUGUUACCGCCAUUAAAAACUAGCACCACCACCCCGAGUGCUGCCUGCGCCAUGGGUGUCCCUCACAUUCUUUCAUCUUCUCCCCCUCUUUCCCAGCUCGGCUCGUUGUUGCAGCGCUGGAUAUAUUUCCUAACUCCCCACGACAAGCCCUUCCAUCGGCGGCCCGUUACAGUCCACCAAUUCACAGCUAUGAAAAAAAUCUUCUUGAAUGUAAUACCGCCGGUAUCACAGGUUGUGCGCCAACGAGACCAGCGUCGAUGCUUCAUCACAGGGAGCGCGUCACAGGACGGCACUGAUCCAGUGUGGAUGUUUCCGCUCUACUUUGCCUACGUCUUCCACAAUCCUAAGCCCUUCACUAUUCGUGCGAUUUACAAAGUUAUCUGCUCACUACAACUAAUCAUUUCUGCUUUGCCUCUUUCUUCUCAUCUGCUUCUUCCGAAGGCGCAUAAUUCUCUGCGAACCUCGUCUCCCAGAUAUAUUUUCCGAGGACACUGUGCUAUCGUGGAGCCCCCGGCUGAAGUCCUUCGUCGAUACAAAUCAUCUGGCCCUUCAUUCAGAGUAACCCGAAGAUGGGAGGAAGAACGGUUCCGAUAUCGCGAAAUGUUAAAGUUCGAUGAUCAUCUUGUCAGCACUGUGAAGGCGGUGAUAGAUUCAAGAUGUGCUUACAUCAACGUUGACACUGAAACUGUUGUGGAACGACAAGCCGAGCUGGCAAAGACGUCGAGAAAGUGA